AUGCGUGACAGGGCUGACCAGCUAAAUGUGGAUCUUCUUGUGGUCGAUACUGGGGACCUGGUUACUGGCAACGGUCUCAGCGACAGCACAAAGCCGUACGGUCGAGUGUCCCGCGGUCUCUUCGAAAACCUAGAACUCGACCCACUGACCGUCGGAAACAACGAUCUUUAUCAAAAGGACGUCAGCAGAGAUAUCCAUGAAAGCUUCUACCGGAUAUACGGAGACAGAUUUGUCACGAGCAAUGUCGAAAUAGAACUCGAUAAUCGAACUAUUGUGGGUCUGGGCCAGCAGUAUCGCUACUUCACAACCAAGCACGGUCUGCGAGUUAUGGUCUUUGGAUUCACUCUACUUGAUUUCAAACUGGACAUGACUGCAACCGCCACUUAUGUCCGAGGGCACAACUACACUAUCAAUCAGCAGUGGUUCAAAGAGGCUCUAGAAAAGGAGGUUGACCUUUAUAUCUUGCUUGGGCACGCGGGACUACGCGAUAAUUGUACUUUCAAGGGAACAUACGCCAACGAGAAUCCGCUCGUCUGCUUCGAGGCGUACCUGCGACAGCACAAACCAGACAUCCCAAUCCAAGUGUUCGGCGGCCAUACUCAUCAACGAGACUUUAAGUGCUUUGAUUCCCGGUCCUCCGGGCUUGAGUCAGGGCGAUAUAGCGACACAGUUGGUUGGGUGGCCCUACGCGGCGUGGUUUCCAACAAUACUGCAUGGAAUGCGACCACGACCCUACCUGCUGGAGUUAGCACUCCUACUAAAACAUGCACACCAGCAAAGACCAUCGCCGCAAUGUCUCUGGCCUACUAUAUCGAUCGCCGAUAUCUUGACUUCAAUCACCGAACAUUUGCCUAUCAUGCCAUUGGGGCUCAAGACGGGGAUGUGCCCGCUGAUUUCGAUACGCCUUUGGGUCGAAAGGUCUCGGACGAUAUCUUGAAGGCCCGAGAAGAUUUGAAUCUCACGGUAGUGCUCGGAUGUGCGUCUAGAUCUUACUAUCUGUGGGUCUGUCCUCCGGGAACACCAGGAAACAUAUAUACCCUAUUGAAGGAUGCCCUAAACGAGACCGUCAAACAUGAGACCUCCAUAAAUCCGCGGGUGAUUCUCAUGAAUAACGGCUCCGUCCGGUACGAUCUGUACCGGGGCAAUUUUACUGUCGGCGACGCAUUGACAAUCUUGCCUUUCAACGAUGACUUCUUGUACAUCCCCAACGUGAAGGGUAACGUCGCACUGUCUGCGCUUGGGUGUCUCUCGAAACUGAAGUCGAAGAGGCCCACAGGUACUGUGCAGGAUAUACUGUUGCCCUUGAUCGAUGCGGGAAAUUCCGUGCAGCACACUCUUCACGCGCGUCGUUACUUUCUGCCCAAUGAUCCAAACCCGGGUCACGUCACACACGACGAUUUUGGCAACUGCACGGGGAAAGUACCGGACUCCGAAGCCUGCGGUGACGACACUAUCCAUUGGGAAUUGAAAGAACAAUAUGCCAAUCCGACCUACUUUCAGUACCAGGAUAUCGAGGUCAGUGAGCAGACCAGCAAAGUCGACCUGGUGUUCAUCAGUCACUUCAAGGACUCGAUAUUGAAGUGCCCGGGUAUCAACGGAACGUAUAUAGGGAAAGACGUCCAGCCAUAUAUGAAUAAGGGGAUCACAACAAGGACUUUUCUUCAGGAGUAUGCGAAGAAGAAAUGGAAUAGCUCAGGUGCUUGCCAGAUCGGGAAGUAG